AUGGCAGAAAGGGUAAAACCAGCUAGCGAGCUGACUUCUGAAGAGAAAGUCAAACUCAUGAAUUGGUUCCUACAAGCCGACCCAGUUCUCAAAUUCGAGACCGAGAUUGUGGCCAAAUGUAUCGAAGACAGUACAUUCCACCGGUUUAUCCCCGUAACACCAAGCCGGAAAAAGUUUACAUCGUCAAGGAAAUGGGUUGUGAAAUUUUACAAAAGGAUAUGGGACGAGGGGAAAUUCAUCAGUGCAACUCCGCAGCAGAUUAAUUUCAAGCAUAUUAUGGAAACAUGUACGAUAAGAGGGAGAGGCACGAAGAUGAAGCAAAUUGAGAUUAGGAAUUCGAACCGGCCGAACAAGAGAAAAGCUUGGAUUCCUAAUACGAUUGAUAUUCCCGACUAUGUUGAUGAGAGCGAGGUUGAUGAAGGGGAUGGGGACGGUCAAGAAAAAAUUGCCGAGGGGGGAACGGGAGAGGGAACACUGGGGAGAAGUGCCGAGGGAUCGGGAGGAAUUAACAGCGGAAGUGAUCAAUCCUAUGAGGAGGACGGAAGUCUCGCAACAGAUGAGAGUGACAAAAAGAACAGCAAUAAUGGAAGCGGACAAGAAGAGACUAACGAGGAACAAGUUGGCGACGAAGAUGCGAACAGAGCAAAAACCGACAAUCAAAACCAAGCCAACAUCACACAAAUUCCCAAAUCCAAGAAACGCGGACGUCGAUCACCUGGCGAAUCGAGCAGAUCUAGUAGCGGAGGAACAGCGCAAGUUGAACACUCUGGUAUGGGUGAGGUGGCAUUGAAGGAUCGCAUGAAGAGUCCGAAGAAGAAACAGAAAACAAGGGAUGUGCAAGACGCCGAGUUGAACAACGAGCAAGAGGUUGAGCUAGACGGCGAGCAAGAGGCUGGAGAAAACUCUGAGCUUUAG